UCGCCCACACACACACCCCACCACACCGCGCACUGACACAGCAAGAUCGACCGAUCAGUCAGUCAAGAGGGCGAGGCGUGCACUGCUGGUCCUCCUCCUCCCUCUCCCGCGCAUGGUGCCCCGUCCCCGCCGGCCGGCGCCGACACAUGUUGCAUGAGCGGCACGCACCACCCUCCGCGUCCGACGACGAGGACGAUGCCCCAGGGGCCAACGACGAGGAGGGCACUCUGGUGACCAGCACCACCAACACCACCUUCCACGACGUGGACGAGGUCAUCGAGGUGCGCGAGGUCCGCCCCCUGUCGCCGCCGCGGCAGCACCCGCCCUUCACGCCGCCCACGCGCACCGUCUCCGCCGCGUCCACCGCCUGGGACAGCGCCAGCAGCCACCGCUCCGUCACCUCCGAGGAGCAGUUCAUGACGAUGAGCCGCGAGUUCACGGCCAUGGUCGCCGCCGGCGCCGGCGCCGGGGCGGCCAACAACAACGCCAACGGCAACAACAGCAACAGCAACCACCCCGUCGGGCCCUACGACGGCGGGGCCGACCAGCUGACCAGCAUCGGCGAGGACGAGCUGGAGGAGCACAACCCGCUGGCCAUCGUGCCGGACAGCGGCCGCCCCUUCGCCACGCCGCCCAGCAGGAGCGGCGGCAGCAGCGGCAGGGCGGCGCGGCUCGACCUGGAGGUGGUCCCCGCCGCCGGCCCGCCGGUGGAGGCGAGCCAGGUGAAGAAGGAGGAGGUGGAGACCAAGGUGUCGGCGUGGCAGACGGCGGAGAUCGCCAAGAUCAACAACCGGUUCAAGCGGGAGGAGGUGGUCAUCAACGGCUGGGAGACGGAGCAGGUCGACAAGGCCUCCGCCUGGCUCAAGAAGAUUGAGAGGAAGCUGGACGAGCAGCGCGCCAAGGCGGUGGAGAAGACGCAGAACGACGUGGCCAAGGCGCGGCACAAGGCGGAGGAGAAGCGGGCGUCGGCGGAGGCCAAGCGGGGGCUCAAGCUGGCCAAGGUGCUGGAGCUGGCCAACUUCAUGAAGGCCGUCGGCAGGGUGCCCACCAAGCGCUCCUUCUUCUAGCCUCCCCCAGCCGGAGGAGGGGAGAAAUCCUAUGUGUUUUUGCCUAUGGGUAGUACGUAAAAAGUAAGGGCGUGUGCUGCUGCUGCUGCAUCCGAUCGGUCGGGAAACCUAAUUGUAAAAAGGGAUUUGAAAACUUGCUGCUGCUGCUGCUGCCUCCGUUGUAUACUAGCCGCCGGUGGUGAUCACACGGCGGCGCUUUUUUGUUUGGCUUGUAUGUGCACGAAAAAACUGGUGUGAGAAUGGAAUGAAUAGCGUGUUUGCUACAAACCUGCAAACAUUCAGAGCAA